AUGCAAGCCCAAAAACAGCUAUUAUUGUCGGUCACUCGGGCUGCGAGGGCGGCCUCGAGAGCCUCACGACCCGUUGCAUGUCUUGCUCAAGUUACACACAGAACGCAGAUGCGACUACUGCCAAGCCUGGAAGUGCGAUACUACGCCAAUGGGCGACCGCAUCCUCCGGGGGGGACCCAUCGAAUGAACAUGGGAGGGGAGGAGGAGAAGGCAGCAUUGGAGCAGUUUGGUAUUGAUUUGACUGCCCGAGCCAAAGAUGGAAAACUUGACCCAGUCAUCGGACGGGACGCGGAGAUCCAUCGAACAAUUCAGAUUCUCUCGCGGCGAACAAAGAACAACCCGGUACUCAUUGGCAAUGCUGGAACGGGCAAGACGGCGAUCUUGGAAGGUCUCGCAUUGCGAAUUAUCCGCGGCGAUGUUCCCGAGAGCAUCAAGAACAAGAGGGUCAUUAGCUUGGACCUAGGAUCGCUGAUCGCCGGCGCAAAGUUCCGAGGCGACUUCGAGGAACGACUAAAGAAGGUCCUGGACGAGGUGCAAAAGGCUCACGGCGAGGUCAUACUCUUCAUUGAUGAGCUCCAUACGCUUCUUGGCCUAGGAAAGGCUGAGGGCUCCAUCGAUGCAUCUAACCUAUUGAAGCCUGCCCUGGCUCGUGGCGAGCUGCAAUGUUGUGGUGCCACGACACUUGCCGAAUAUCGACAAAUCGAAAAAGAUGCCGCGCUGGCGCGGCGGUUUCAACCAAUUGUUGUCAAUGAGCCAUCCGUUGAGGACACCAUCAGCAUCCUCAGAGGCAUCAAAGACAAGUAUGAAGUUCAUCAUGGCGUCCGAAUUACUGAUGGGGCACUGGUGGCGGCCGCCGCGCUGUCAAAUCGAUAUGUCACGGACCGCUUCCUCCCAGACAAAGCUAUUGACCUAAUGGACGAAGCAGCCAGCCACCUGAAGCUGCAGCAUGAAUCCAAACCCGAAGACAUCAUGCGUCUUGACCACAAGAUCAUGACAAUCCAAAUCGAAUUAGAAAGCUUACGAAAAGAAAAGGAUGUGGCCAGCCAGGAGCGCCGAGAGAAACUUGAAAAUGACUUGAAACAGUACAACGAUGAGAUUUCGGAGCUCAAUACUCGAUGGGAAAGGGAGCGAGCCGAUCUCGAAUCGGUAAAGAAGGCCCAAGAAGAUCUCGACAAGGCUAGAUUCGAAUUGGAGCAAGCUCAGCGCGACGGCAACUUUGCUCGUGCUUCCGAACUAAGAUUUGGUGUGAUUCCUGAUCUAGAACAGAAGCUUCCAACCGACAAAGAAUCCCAACAAGAAAAGAAUCAAGAUUCAUUGGUCCAUGACUCAGUCACGUCGGAUGAUAUUGCCACUGUGGUAUCGCGGAUCACGGGCAUCCCUGUUUCCAAGUUGACGUCUGGCCAUAUUGAAAAGCUGGUGCACAUGGAGGAUACGCUGCGUGAAGCAGUCAAAGGGCAGGACGAAGCCAUCAAAGCCGUUUCUAACGCAGUGCGACUGCAGCGGGCAGGUUUGAGUGGCGAAAAUCGACCACUGGCGUCCUUCUUCUUUCUCGGACCAACGGGUGUUGGCAAGACGGAACUGUGCAAGAAGCUUGCUGGUUUUCUCUUCUCAACAGAGUCUGCUGUCGUCCGAUUCGAUAUGUCCGAGUUCCAGGAGAAGCACACCAUUUCUCGCCUCAUCGGCGCGCCAUCUGGCUAUGUUGGCUACGAGGAUGCUGGGCAACUCACCGAAGCCGUUCGACGAAAACCCUAUGCAGUGUUGCUUUUUGACGAAUUCGAAAAGGCCCACCGCGAUAUCUCAGCCUUGCUACUCCAGGUCCUUGAUGAAGGCUACCUUACAGACGCCCAAGGACACAAGGUCGACUUCCGGAACACCAUCAUCGUCCUCACAUCCAACUUGGGGGCGGAUAUUCUCGUUGGCCAGAAUCACAUACAUCCAUACAAGGAAAGCAAAGACGGCGAAAUCGAUCCGUCUGUCCGCAAGGCCGUAAUGGACGUUGUGGCCGAGGCGUACCCGCCAGAGUUCCUCAAUCGUAUCGAUUCUUUCAUCGUCUUCAAACGUCUCGCCUUGGGCGCCAUUCGUGACAUUGUUGACAUUCGCCUGAAAGAACUGCAGCAUCGCCUUGACGACAGGCGCGUCACACUUUCGGUACCCGACAAGGUCAGAGACUGGCUUGCUGAGCGUGGAUACGACCCCAAGUUUGGCGCCCGUCCACUGAAUCGGCUAAUUACCAACGAGAUUGGCAAUGGCCUGGCCGACAAAAUCAUUCGCGGCGAGCUGAAGAUGGGGCAGACGGCCGAGGUGAAACUGCGCCCCCAUAAUGAGGGAUUAGAAAUUGAUAUCCGUUGA